ACUCUUUCUCAUUUCCAACCAACACUUUGAACCUUUUCAUUUGUGUCAUAAUCCAGUAGCACCUAAAUUCCAACAAGAUAUGGCAACAGAAGAAGCCACAAAGGUUGAAGCAGCACCCGAGUGCCCGCCUGUGGCCAUCGAGAAGGAGGAUACGAAAGCUGUCGUGGCGGUUGAACCUCAUGUUCAUGAAGAAAAACCCACUGAUGACUCUAAAGCUCUGGCUAUCGUCGAAAAACCAGAAGAAGCUUGUGAGGAAAAACCUAAAGAGGGUUCUAUCAACAGAGAUGAUGUUCUUGCUAGAGUAGUGACAGAGAAGAAGGAGGCACUUAUUAAAGCAUGGGAAGAAAGUGUUAAGUGUAUAGCUGAGAACAAAGCUCAACAGAAGCUAUCUUCCAUUCAAGCAUGGGAAAACAGUAAGAAAGCCGAACUAGAAGCCGAGUUGAAGAAGAUCGAGGAGGAUUUGGAGAUACAGAAGGCCAAAUAUAUAGAAAAGAUGAAGAACAAGAUUGUUGCCAUCCACAAAAGAGCAGAAGAGAAGAGGGCCAUCACGGAAGCCAAAUGUCGGGAAGAGGUUCUCAAGGCGGAGGAGAUGGCGGCUAAGUGUCGGGCGACUGGCGAAACGCCGAAAAAACUCCUUGGAUGGUUUUAGAGGUAGAUUGAAUUUGCAUUUGUCACAAGCCUUUGAUUUUUAUUCAUUUCUUGAUGUGUGAUUUUUAUUUUCUUUUGGUGUAUGAUUGGUAUAAUGCUUCAGUAUCUAGUGUGCAUAUGUAUAUUAUCCAUUAAUGAAAAUAAAGUUUGCAAGUAACACUUUUAUUA